AGGCCCCUUCCCGCCGCGCGCUGAGGGACCCUCUCAGGCGCGCUUCGGCGUCUAGCAGCCCUUUGCUGUACGUUCACCGCCAGAGCAAGCCCUCGGCUGCGAGGACAGUAGGCGCCCUUCUCCCUUCUCCCUGCCGGCCGUGCAGUAGCGGCAAAACCCGUGACACGCGGGGCCCUCAAUCCCAAGAUGGGCUAAAAGUAAUACACGUUUUCUAAUGAAAGCUGAGAUCCCCGGGCGCUCUCCUGAGUCCAGCACUUGGGGCUUCAGGAGACACCAGCUGUCCGGAGGCUUGUGAUACAAUCGUGAGAGCUGGCGCCGCUUCACACGGCAAAGUUACACACGAGCACUGAGCUCCACUGGAGGGUGGGGUGAGCCUUUGGGGAGAAGGCCAGUCCAUAGCACGCAGGGUGAAAUGUGUGCGGUGUUUGGCAAAAAUCUACCUUGAUUUUCAUUUGCUGCCUCCCUACCAGAAUAUGUCUAGAAAUGAAGACACCUAUGUGGAGUCCUGUACACCACUUUCCUGACAAGUUUCUUUGUGGCCUGAUUGUCACAGCCAGUCUUUUCCUUCUCUCAGGCUCAGAGGAAGCAUCGUCAACAGCUGCUACUCCAUUAUCUCCACCCACAUCUACUAAUGGUAGUACUCCAACUUCCACUGGAGAUGCAACAACUGAAGAUAUGACCAUAAAUGUUCCUGGAUAUACUACUGUACAUUAUACAACCAUACCUGUCCCUGAGCCAACAGAGAUGACAAGAGCUGAAUCCUCUACUACUGCUGCAACAUCUCAAGCACCCGAGACCACAUCAACUGUUAACCCUGAUGGGACCACACAUAAACUCACAUCUUCUUCCAUAACAUCAACGCCCAGUACCUCAGUUACCGUGCCCGGGACUACGCAUCCAUUGAUAUCUGCUGGGACCACGGCUUCACCCACAUUCUCUUCCAUAACAUCAACGCCCAGUACCUCAGUUACUGUGCCUGGGACUACCCACCAAUUGAUAUCUGCUGGGACCAUGGCUUCACCCAAAACUAAAGAGACUGUUCCUACCUCCAAACCUGGUGAGGCUACAUCACAAUCUAUUGUAACUACAUCUACCACUAAACCUGAUAGUAUUUUGUCUGUUUCCAGAUCAACAGUGACAACCUUAUCUACAGAUACCAAAACCACAUCCAACCCUCCGAGUCCACAUCUGUAUCUACACCUGAUCUGUCCACUACAGUCAAAUCAGAUAAAAAAUUCGUUCAAGAGGAUAGUGAUUAUGUGGCUGAAACAAGACAGUUAUUGGGGCAUUUAGUGUGCUGGAUGAGAUACAGUAGAAGUUAGAACCUCAGAGUUACGAACACCCGAGGUAUGAACGGACCACAACCUCAUUUGGAACUGGAAGUAUACAAGCAGGCAGCAGCAGCCAGACAAAAACCCCAAAACCAAAUACAGUACACUACUGUGUUAAACGCAAACUACUAAAAAAAAGGGGAAAGUUUUUU